AAAGCUUUGUAAACGGCUGGAGACGCCCAUUGAUUAGACGCGACGCGACACGAGAGACGGAGAGAGGUAGCCCAAGAUGGAGAAAGAGUCGCCGGAGAAGGGGAAGAAGCCGCACGUAGUCUGUGUUCCAUAUCCAGCUCAAGGCCACAUCAACCCCAUGCUUAAUCUAGCCAAGGUCCUCUAUUCCGGAGGCUUCCACAUCACCUUCGUCCACUCGGAGUUCAACCACAGGCGCCUCCUCAAAUCUCGCGGCGCCGCCUCCCUCGCCGGCCUCCCCGCCUUCCGGUUCGAGACUAUCCCCGACGGCCUGCCCGAAACUGUCGCGGAAGCCACCCAACACAUCCCCACUCUGUCCGAGUCCACCAGAAGGACCUGUCUGCCUCCCCUGAAACGCCUUCUCGGCAAACUGAACUCGUCCGCCGACGUCCCGGUGGUCUCCUGCAUAGUCACCGACGGCGGCAUGACCUUCUCUCUGGACGCCGCCGAAGAGCUUGGCGUUCCCGGAGUCAUCCCCUGGACCACCAGCGCUUACGGCUUCAUGGGCUACGCCCACUACCCAAGUCUCAUCCAGAAGGGCCUUUCGCCGCUAAAAGAUCAGAGUUGCUUAACGAAUGGGUACUUGGAAACAGUGAUAGAUUGGAUUCCGGCAAUGCAAGGCGUACGCCUCAAGGAUUUGCCGACCUUCAUCCGAACCACCGAUCCUAACGAUAUAAUGAUCGAUUUUGUUAUAUAUGAAAUCUCGAGAGCUCGCACGGCUUCUGCGAUUAUACUGAAUACAUUCGAGGAAUUGGAGCGCAACGUUUUGGACCCACUUUCUCUCAUUUUCCCACCGAUUUUCCCUGUUGGACCCUUGCAUUUGCUCGCGGAUCGGCUCCAAGACGAGGAUCUUAAGUUGAUCGGAUCAAAUCUCUGGAGAGACGACAUCAAUUGCCUUCAAUGGCUUGAUUCCAAGGAGCCCAAGUCCGUCGUCUACGUCAACGUCGGAAGCAUCGCGGUGAUGAAGCCGGACCAGCUGGUCGAGUUCGCCUGGGGAAUCGCCAACAGCAACCAACCGUUUUUGUGGGGAAUGAGGCCAGAUCUCGUCGAGGGUGAAUCCGCCGUUCUCCCUCCGGAGUUUGUGUCGGAGACGAAAGAGAGAGGGUUGUUGGUGAGUUGGUGCCCGCAAGAAGAGGUUAUCCGGCACCCGGCGAUCGGCGUGUUCUUGACCCACUGCGGGUGGAACUCGACAUUGGAAAGCAUUACUGCCGGCGUUCCGUUGGCGUGCUGGCCGUUCUUCGCCGAGCAGCAGACCAACUGCUGGGCCUGCUGCACGCGGUGGGGGAUCGGAAUGGAGGUGGAGGAAGCUGUUGAGAGGGGCAAAGUGGAGAGGCUUGUGAGAGAAUUGAUCGCCGGAGAAAAAGGCCGGGAAAUGAGGAAAAGGGCCGGCGAGUGGAAGAAACACGCCGAAGAUGCGGCGGAGAGUUCGACUGGUUCGUCUUCCUUCAACCUGCAUAAACUGAUGGAGCAAGUUCUUCUCUCCCCGAGGAGAACCAAUCUUUAAACUCAUUACUCCCAAUAAUUAUUAAUUAUGAUUUGGCAAAUGGAUUUGGUUUAGGGUUUAUUAUGGUCAAGGGUUCUGUAUAUGACCCAUUACCAGAUACGCUCUGCUAAGUAUUUUUUAUUUUUAAGACGUUAUCUCAAUAUUAAAUGUAUUGUUAUUUUUAUCCUAUGUUUGUUUCAAUAUAAAAUAUUAAUUACAAA